CUCUUACCAGAAAACACACAAGCUAACUCUCGAGCUCUUCCUUUCUUUGAUUCCCUCUCUCCUUUUCUCUUCUACAAAUUAGAAAGCUUCGCCAUGGAAAACAAGGAAAACAUUAGUAGGUUCUCAAGCUGUCGGGGAGUUGCUUUCGAGAUCAAACCCCCAAGCACCGAUCCCUUCGCCUUUGCACCUCUUUCUAAAGAGGAACACUGCGAUGGCAGCAAGAUUUGGCUUCCUUGGAACCACGGCAACUCUUUCAGAGUUUUUCCAACGACUGAUAUGCUUCAAAGGUCCAUGAGUCGAACCAGCAGCCAUUUCUGUGAUCUCGAUCAUGAGGAUCACAACGAUGAUGACAGCAAAGUAGAGGUGGUUGUAGAAGGAAGCAAAGAGGAUUUGGAGAAGCAGAAGCCUGUUCCCAUUUCAUCCAACAGUAAACCUGAACAACCACCACCACCCAAGGCUGCACGUAAGCAGGAAUCGAGACUGUCAAUUAUACUACUCGAUCAAGGCCUAUUCACAGUCUACAAGCGACUCUUCACCGUGUGCUUGGCUCUAAAUGUGAUCGGUUUGGUCCUUGGAGCCUCUGGGCAUUUCCCCUAUGCAAGGCGCAAGGCCGCACUCUUCGCCAUUGGGAACAUACUGGCUUUGAUUCUCUGCCGGACCGAGGCCUUUCUGCGAGUGGUUUUCUGGCUAGCUGUGAAGCUGUUAGGGAGAUCAUGGGUACCUGUACCGUUCAGGACUGCCACCACAUCCUUCCUCCAAUGUCUUGGUGGAAUUCACAGCGGUUGCGGUGUAUCUUCGGUGGCCUGGCUCGUAUACUCCCUUGUGCUCACUCUUAAGGACAGAAAAAACACAUCACCGGAGAUCAUAGGCGUGGCUUCCACAAUCCUUGCUCUUCUCUGCCUUUCAUGCUUGGCUGCCUUCCCCCUUGUUCGCCAUCUCCACCAUAACGUCUUCGAAAGGAUCCAUCGCUUUGCCGGUUGGACAGCCCUCGGUCUCCUCUGGGCCUUCGUCAUCCUCAUCUUCUCCUACCAACCAGAAUCUAAAAUCUACAACGUACGCGGCUCCAGAUUGGUAAGCGAGCAAGAAUUCUGGUUCACAUUAGCCAUCACUCUUCUGAUUAUCCUUCCAUGGGUUACUGUGAGACGAGUUCCAGUCAAGGUAUCGGCUCCUUCUGGCCAUGCCUCGAUUAUCAAGUUCCAGGGAGGAAUUAAGGCAGGCAUCCUGGGCAGAAUUAGCCCAUCACCCUUGUCCGAGUGGCACGCCUUCGGCAUCAUAUCGGAUGGCAAAGAUAACCACAUGAUGCUUGCAGGUGCAGUAGGCGACUUCACAAAGUCGUUGGUUUCAAACCCACCAAGCCACCUGUGGGUCAGGCAGCUUCACUUCGCGGGCCUACCUUAUCUCGUAAACAUGUACGAGAGAGUGGUGUUGGUGGCCACAGGUUCCGGCAUCUGCGUAUUCCUGUCCUUCCUGCUACAGCCGUGCAGGGCGGAUGUAUGCUUGGUGUGGGUGGCGAAGGGGGUGGAGCAGAAUUUCGGGAAGGAGAUCAAGGAGAUGGUGAGUGGGUUUCCAAAAGACAAGGUAAUCGUACAUGACACAGCUGUCUCCGGGCGGCCCAACGUAGCAGAGAUGAGUGUGGAAGCUGCAAGGAGGUGGAGAGCUCAGGUGGUCAUUGUCACCAGCAAUCCAGAAGGGAGCCGAGACGUUGUGAACACAUGCAAAGCUGCUGGGGUUCCAGCCUUCGGCCCCAUAUGGGACUCUUAAAAGUCCUAACUCCUAACCUAAUAGAUUGUGCUAGGUCCCCAUGCUUUUUCUUUUCGUGCCUUCGGUCCCCCUUUCAAUAUAUAUAUAUUGAGUCUCCAAAGUGUCGUCUAGUUCAAAGUCCAAAGCACCGUUCCAGUGUAAACUCAGAGUCUACAAAAGGUCUCUCUCCAAUCAACCAAGGAAGAUUUAAGUAGUUAUCAAUGUAUAUGAGUAUAUCUAAUGAUCUAAUCCGGAUUAAGUA